AUGGCCACACUUGGACUCCGGUCGAUAACUCUCUCAGCAUCCUUUCGUCCGUCUCCACUCUGGACACAUUUAUCUUUCAUACAAUUCGUUCCAUCCUUUCUUCUGUACCUCGUUCCAUUUCUCUCCGCAUGUUUCCCAAUAUCAAAUUUCUUACACCUCUACACUCUCCCAUCUUCAUCACCCAUAAUAACGCCUGCGGUAAACUAUUUCAAUCGCGAAAAAGAAAGAACAUUAGGGUUAAAGUCUCUAGCUGAAGAUUGGAAACAGUUAUGGAGGCAACGGUGUGUGAUCUUGUUGGCUGUCAGCAUUAAAAGGAGAGAAGGAACCGAAACGGGCUAUAAAAGUCGAGUGAAUAAGGGUACUCAAGGUCUGAAAAAUGAAGGAAAAAAUCACGCAUUUGAAGCGAAUGAGCAUCAUCGAGAGCAAGUGUAUAAAAAUCAGAACGUAAUGGAAGAGCUCGAACAUAGUACACGAGAAAACGAAAUACUUGAAGAUGAAAUGCCCGAAUAUGAAGACGACUAUAAAGAUGACGAGAGCGAUAUUAUCCAUGACGAUUGCGAGACUCCCAAUAAUUUCGUUCAAGAACAUAACCAACGCGACGAAUACUUUAAUCAAGGUCAUGUCAGCAACAGCCAAUCCGUUGCGAACGAAUUCAUUCUUAACGAGAGGAGGAAGCAACAGUUCCAUCUUCUACGAGAAAUAGAGAAAGAAAUAAAUGAAGCUCGUUUGGUCGCAGAUCGGGUUAGCAGAUUAGCUCUACGGCCGCUAUCCUCUCUUGGCCGAGAGAGUAUCAGUAACGACGACUAA